GUCCAUUAAAGAUGGACAUCGCACGCGCUGAUGCAGUGCUGCCCGCCGAGAUCCGAGACAUCCCUCGCGCCAAGGAAAUUGUGGACAUGAUGAAAUUCUUCGAGUUUAGCUUCCAACCGGCAUCGGCCUUUGAAGGAACGAUUUGUUUUACGUUUAAGGUUGAGAAUUCGACGCAAACGAUGCGCUACCUUGUCCGAUGCAAGAAGCACCAAGGGGUGAAAACCCACCUCGUCGACCCUACAUCGACCGACCUGAAGUACGACUGCGAAGUCAGAUCCUCCAUCGAAGACUUCCUGCACGUGUACUCGGGCAAAGCAAGCACCAGCGAAAUGGCAAAGAUGUGCUACUCGGGACGUGUAUCCAUCUCAGGGCUGCAGUUUCGCUUGGUGACGCGGUUUUUGCAAAGCUUUGACUUCACGUCUCAAAAGUGGCUCGACUUCUACUCGUGGGAACGUGAACAGCGACAACGCCAAGGUCGAACAGCGCAGCGCGAGAACGACGAAGUCGUGGACCACCUGCCUCGUCAAAUUGCCCUCUACAUCCGCGGUGGAGGGGUCAACAUGUCUAUGGUGCAGCGCGGGUGCUUUGAAGCGUCGAUGGGUCGCAUUUUUGGCUCCCGAGUUCUUAUGACGUAUACUGCACUCGUCCACCAAGGGCGUCGGCUCCCCACAACCACUGAUCGCUUGCAAUUCAAAAACAAAAAGUUUGGUCGAGCAGUUCGUUGCGCUCUCGGGCACCAUUGCGUUUCAAGCAAAAAGCCAUACGGAUCUGCACUGCAUGCGACGACCAACGGCCGGACGGACGUCUUGAUGUUGUGGGAAGACUCGUACGAGCUGGUCAAGUUUGAAGGGAUCGUGCCUUCGUCGAAUGCGAGUGCCACGCUGUUGAAGUGGAGCGACAGCGCAUUGUACAGCGGUUGUGCCAGCGACAUGGCUGCAGGCGUAGAAGACGGCGCCCAAGUGCCGACGAAAUCCCGCCACCGCUUUCCUGCAGAAACAUUCACACGUCGCGUGGAUCUGCGGGACGUCGGCAUGACUCAGCUUAGCAAGAUCAUGGACAACGUUGUCGGAACUGCUUUCCAACCAGCGGCAAAGUCCAACCACAUUUCUGCGCCGGCGAGAAUCAUGGGCGAGCUCCGUAAGUGGGUGCUCCAUCAAGCCCACGACCACCACCAACCGUCCGUAAAGCAACCAACAGACCUGCACAGCGUGCUACGCGACAUCGACGUGUUGAUUUCGACGCAGCUCGGCAAACCGACUCGACCCGCGCCUUCGUUGCAAAAAGAAGUGCCGACGGCCGACAUCAUUCGGUACAACACGCGGCGAGAUCUCGCUCGCAUCAAGCAAACUAUGGCCGGCAUGAAGCGCAACUUACUCGCCCACCAGAUCAGCCCGAGGUCGAUGCCUGACAACAUGGGCCUCCUCACAUUGGACUAUUAGCGAACCCUUCCCAGCCAAUGAUCUUUAUCAAUUCGACCACAUAUUUAUCACUGAC